AUGUCCAGAGAAGACCCAAUCAAGGCAGAGAAGGAUUUUUCUGCAACUUUAGAUGAGCAGUUCCCAUUGAUUGAGAAAGUUUCAGACUACAAGCAGCAAUUGGAAAAGUAUUUGGUGUUGGAGAAGCAAACUCGUCAAUCAUCAGAUCUUGCCUCGUCGAAAAGAGUGUUGAACAAGAUUGUCACGACAUUGGUGCAAAACGGAGAUUGGGAAUACUUGAAUGAUCUCAUUACUACACUCAGUAAGAAACAUGGACAAUUGAAAUCUUCAAUUCAGGCGUUCAUUCAAGAUGUCAUUAAACUGCUAGAUGAGUUGAAUAACCUGCAUUCUCAUGAACUUGAGACCAAGAUUAAACUAAUUGAAACAAUUAGAACUGUUACUGAUAAAAAGAUCUUUGUUGAAGUUGAAAGAGCCAUAGUGUCCAGACAGUUGGCUGAAAUAUACCUAAAUCAAAAGAAUGACCUUGACAAAGCUGUGGAUAUAUUGUGCGAUUUACAAGUUGAGACAUAUUCACUCAUGCCAUUUAGUGACAAAAUUGACUAUAUAUUGGAGCAAAUUCGAUUGACUUUGCAAAAGGGAGAUUACGGUCAAGCCAGAAUUCUUACGAGGAAGAUUUUGCUCAAAAGUUUAAAAAACUUUCCCAAAGCAGAUGAGUACAAGGUCGAAUACUUGAAAAUGCUCAUCCAGAUAGACACAUUCGAAUACAAGUAUGAAGGUAUAUACAAGAAUUUGAAGCUCCUUGUGGAGGCAUUGCCUGAAGCAGAGCGUGCAAGUUACGAUGAUGAGUUGGAAAUUUACAAAACUUUGGCUCAUGGAUUUGAGUCUGAUGAUUUGGUAGAGCUCAAGAUUCCAGAAUCAAAGAUUUUUGAAGACGAAAAGAAAGUUGAGAGACUCAAGAAGAAAGUAGUAGAGCACAACUUGAAGCUUUGUUCCAGAUACUAUAAGAAGAUUAGAUUGGACCAUUUGGCCGAGCUUCUCAAACUCACAAAGGACGAGACUGAGACAUAUAUCAAUGAGAUGAGCUUAAGGGCGAAAAUCAAUAGACCUAAAGGUAUUGUAGAGUUUAGGACUAGUGGUAUGGAUUCAAACGAAUUGUUGAAUGAUUGGUGCUAUGAUGUUGCUAAACUUGUUGAGGAGGUAAAUGCUGUGGAACACUUGAUCAACAAAGAAGAGAUGUUGCAUGGUAUACAACUCCGCACAUGA